CGCGAAAACGACCCUAGUCACUUUCCAUUUGAAAUUUACCCUCGUAGGUCUGUGGUGGUAACUCAAGGUUGAGAGUUGACUAAAGCUCUCGUUUUCAUUUAGGAAAAUGGAUCUCACAGGUGUUCUUGAAGCAACAGUAUCUCCAGGUAAAGUAAAUUGGUAAUUUGGAGGAUCUUUUGCGGAACUGCCCUCUUGGAACUCUUGCCAAGCCGAAGCACAUGGCUGCGAUCUCGCAUGAUGUUCGUUUCAUGUUGUAGUUGUGUAAUGAGUUAAUUUUUGUUUGUUUGAUCGUGUAGAUCAAAAUGCGCUACAAGCGGCUCAGACAUAUCUGGAAUCAGCUGCCCAGCAAAAUCUGGUGAGUUUAUGGUUUGGGAAGUCUUCCUAAGUUACUCUUUUCUACAAGAAGGCGAAAGUCAUUCAUUUGUACAAAUGUACAGGUUUUAGUACCGAUAUAUUCGAGUUGCACAAGGCUUCAUUUUGGCAUUUGUACCAAUAUUUGUCUGAUUUUCUCAACAGCCCCAGUUUUUAGUAGCUCUAGUGACUGAGCUAGCUGAUGCAACGAAGUCGCAAAUUGCAAGAAUGGCGGCUGGUUUACAACUGAAAAAUCAACUUACCUCCAAAGAUGCUACAGUCAGACUACAGUAUCAGCAAAGAUGGUUGAGUUUAGACGAAGGAGUCAAAACUCAUGUGAAAAAUAUGGUAAGAGAGCUCCAAAACUGUGAUGAUAGCUCUGACAGGUUUCAUGCAUGUUUAAACGUCGUUUUUUAUGUAAUCGACUGAGUACUUCUUCCUGUUUUUGUGUUACAGGCAGUGCAAACACUUGGGACAGAGAUAGCAAGACCUGCCAUCGCCCCACAGGUAAAAAAAUAAGGUUAAAAUCCAACAAAUUCGAGAUGCUGUCACAGGACUCUUAAAAGCUUGAGUUAAGUUUUUUUUCCAUCCUUUAACCGUCUCUGUUGCGAAAAAUUUCUCCAUUGUGUCGUUUUAGUCAACCAAAACUUAUCUUUCAAGGUGAUGAUUUUUAAGAUGUCCUUCUUAUAUGUUUUCACUAUGUUUAACUUUUGUUGUAGUUACUAGAUGAUAUUGAUCUUAGAAUCUAAAUUGUAUCGCCAUCGUGGAUGACUUCAUCUAUCUCUGUUUAAGUUGAUAUGUUAGGAUAUUUGUUGCUUGAGGAUAUAAUCAUUCUGUGUGUCUUUUAUAAAGGAAUGGCACUUUCUUUUCAAAGCAUAAGAAUUUUAAACUGCAAGCUAAUUUAGGUGGCUCCCACAUGUAUAAUACAAAAAUAAACUAUUAAAUAAAUACCUUUGUUUACUCUUGUAAUCAAACUCUAUUAUCACAAAUUGAUUGGAAUAUGAUCUGGUAAUGGUAAACAGUUCAUUUGAGGAGUUGUCCACUUUUCUUUUUUAUCAUGAUAACAUUGUUAAUUUGUAUCACCAAAUUCAACAACACAAGGGUGUUUUAUAUUCCCAUUGAGCCAACAGAUGAUUUGCCCAGGGGAAUUCACUUUAUGAUUAUUAACACUAAAACUGCCUCUUAAAAAUGUUAUUAAACAAUUAGGUCAUGUAUCGGCUGUAUGUGUUGUUUGAGAAAUGAAGAACUUGGGAAGUUUGGAGAGCACUGAAAAGAUGAGAGUUGAGGCACUGGGUAGAGCAACUCUAGUGCAUCUUUUGGGCUCCAAACUUACUAAUGCUUCAAAUCUUGCUGAAUGCAGUGGUCAAAGGACAAUAUCCAAUCAAGUAAAACAUUUUGUCUGGUCAACUCCUUGGCUGGCAAGACAAUUUAUUUGGUUGUUUACAUAUGUAAAGAGGAAUUUAAUUCCAAGCUAAGUUCAAGUUCUAAGUUCUGGUUUUAAGUUAAGCUUUUCCUGCAUUGAAUUUUAGGAUACAUGUACAAUAAAAGCACACUUAAUAUACUUGUUUUGUAAAGAGGGGUGGUAGUUGUUGAGACAUGAUGUAAUGAAUAUUUUAAAUGGGUUGUGUCCAAGCAAAAAUGGGUUUCACUGGACAAUUUAACUAGCACCAGCCUUGUGUUUAGAGACCACUCAAGAGAAUGUAAAAAUUUGUUCUUUAAGUAUGAGUCUUGAAGGGGAAAAAGGAGCUAGUGUCAUUAUGCUGUAAUGAGGGCUUAGUGUUAAGAAGAGUUACAGGGAUUGCAACUGGCAAACGUUUGAAUUUAAGGUUGAAUUAUUCAAGAAGCUAAGGCUUAGCUGGUUGUCUUAGUACAAAGUAGCUUGAGCCCAACACAAACCUUAUGCCAAUUGGUACCAAAACAUUUUCCCUUAAAUUUUCUUUAUGCACUUAUACUGAUUUUACCAAUGGAUCAUUGUUCUUGUCUUUUUCUAUCAUGUUGGGUGAAAGUAGUUCAAAGAGUAAACAAGAUCAAACUAUCUGAGUUAUAACAAAUUCUAAUUUAUGUUUAAUUUCCUUAAACACAGUGUAUUGCAGCCAUUGCUUGUGCUGAAAUUCCUCAGAGACAGUGGCAGGACUUGAUAGAAAUCCUAUAUCAACUUAUAAUAGAUGCAAGCAAUACAGAGAAAGUGAGGGAACAUGCUUUGGAAACACUGGGUUAUAUUUGCCAAGAUAUUGUAAGUAACUAAUCUCUUACCACAGUUUGAAUAUUCUCAAUGGAUCACUUUUUUGAAACAGACAAACUGUCCGGAACUUGAUUAGGGCUCAUGCAUCUUUUGUUUAGUUACAAAGUUUAAGUCAUAGCUUCAAAGUGGUGAAAGUUGAAAUGAGUGCUCAUGAGGAUAUUUAUUAAGGGAGCUGUGACUGCAUCAUUUAAUGGAUUAAUGAUGUACUGCUUUUAAGACACUUCAGCUUGAAAGUCCUGUGAUUGAAUUUCUGUAUUACUUGUUCCUUCUGGAGAAAUGUUUUUCUACUGAGAAAAUUAUUUGAAGUCACAACCCUCUCCAAAAAGACCUGUUUAUAUUUAGUUAAUGAAUAUCUCUAAUUAUUGAAGUAAAUUUGGUUAUUAUUUUUGUCUGUGUGGUUAUAGGAACCAGAACAUCUUGUUGAGCGAGGGCACACUAUCCUAACAGCAAUUGUCACAGGGAUGAAAAAGGAAGAGCCAAAGUGAGUUGUGCCAUUUUGGAUUAAGUUUGAGCCUGUAAUUAGGGGUUCAUUUAUCAUUCAUGUAUUCAAGAUAUGUAACAAUCCAUCCAUGGUAUACACUGUAACAACCUGAUUGGAAUGAGGAAAAGCCUUACCAAGUAGAUUCUGUUUGUCCUCAUCUCUAAUUUGUUUCAAGGGUGUUAGCCUUUCACUGGGCCAGUGUUAGAGAAAAAGUGUCAAUUUGUUCUCAUUCAGUGGAAAAACUGUACUGUGACAUAUUAUACCUCUCUCUUCUUAAAAUUAUUGAAUGGUUCAAUGUUCAUAUAUACAUAUACUUUUUUGGUGAGGCAGGUCUGUUUGUGACAACCCCAAGAACCAGUGUGGACCUGCCAUAGGUUUCCUAUAAAAUGCUUAAAUUAAAUUAUUUAAAAGUUACGUUCUUGAGGUGAUGAAAACCAAGGUUCUUUGGAAGAUGCAAGGUUGAUAUAACAAUUAUCAAAAACAUUUUCUGGCGUGCCAUCUAGAUUAAAAGGUUGACCCUUUAGCUCCCGUGAGUGACUAAGACAUAAUUUCUCCUCACAAUAUCACUACAAUAUAAAUUAGACAAGUGAUGAGAAUAAAGAAAACUAUCAAUUUGGGGAUGAUUAGUUGAUCCAAUACUAAAUUCUCUAAACUAACAUUAUAAGAAUUGUUUUGUUGACAAUAAGGAGAGUUACAAAUUUGGUCUGGGAGUGAAAUGGUUAUGGUUUAACACCCAACUGGGAUUGUGUUGUCCUCAGGCAAGAUUACUUCCACAGGAGCACAGCAGUAAAAUACAUGAACCACUUUUGUCAGUAGUUCCCAUUACUCAGCAAGUACAUGGGUAAAAUAUUGAUAUGUUUGCUUUUACCUUUUGUUCAUUUUUACAGCAUGCAUAUCAGGAUUGCAGCUACAAAUGCCCUUCUCAAUUCCCUUGAAUUUACAAAGCAGAAUUUUGAAAGAGUGGUAUGAUUUACUGUUAUUGCCUUUUGUAACUAUUCACAAAUGCCAUAAUAUCACUUCACUGCAUAAAAGCUUACCUUCAAUUUACUGCAAAACUUGUUUUUCUUCUCUCCUUCUGAACAAGUUGCCUAUACCAGAUUUCUAUUAAGUCCGCCUGGGAAAAUUUUUUCCUGGAUUUCUGCAAGCAAGUGACAAUUUCUAGGCUUACAUUUGCAAAUCUCCUUAUUUUUGUUAUUUUUUAGUAUGAUUAAAUAGCUAGUGAUUUCUACAUUGAAAUAAGCUGUAAAAUAUGCAACAAUAAUCUUAGCUGAGCUUCAGAAGGUCUAAGUAUAUAAAUUUUUGUUUAUCUCUUUCAACUGAAUUACAAAAGUUAUGCAGUCAAGUCACUGUGAUAUUUUUCUUUACUAGUCUGAACGAAACUACAUUAUGCAAGUUGUUUGUGAAGCAACUCAAACCAGUGAGAUUCAAGUGAGUACCAAGGAUUUUCAGUUCUUAAAAGCCAUGCAAUAUUAUUUUGGUGUUUCUAGUUCAUUGUUGUUAUCUUUGGUUAUUCCCAAUCUCCACAAUUAUGGUAAAUUGUUUUGAAAGACCUUCUAAUGUAAGGCUAUUUCAUGUUAUGAGCUGCUUGUUCCUGGCUAUACUACCUCUUACUUAGUAAUUGCUUCUUGUUUCAUUUUGCUGAUAGCUAAAAGUCGCAGCACUGCAGAAUAUCGUUAAAAUAGUGUCACUCUAUUAUCAACACAUGGAGGAAUACAUGGGUACAGCAUUGUUUCCAGUAAGUUUACUUGACCUGUGUCAGUCCUGUUGUGAAAAGGGUAUGGUUAUACUGAGAUUUGGGUAAGAUUGUUAGUAAACACAGUUGUUACAUCUGGAAUUAAGAUCAGAGGCAGUUGUGGUAUGGGUAUAGUUUGGUUUGAAAUCUAGUAGAAAUCCAAUGCAUCCAAGUUUGCAUCCUGUGUCAACCUUUUAAUUUUCAACACUUUUGCCCUUAGAAAAAUUUAAAAAAAGAAAGAUUUUUGGAAAAAGGGCUUCUUUUGUCAUUAUUUUUGUUUGUUUCAAAUUUUUCAUUUUGUCUCAACGAGCUAGUCAAGUGCCAAAAAUGUAACACAUUGCUGCAACAAGUUGCUGGUUAUCCCAAGGCCACUCAAAGGUUACAAAAAAAAUGCUUUAACUUAUUUUUUUUCACCCAGAUUUCCCUGGAUGCAAUCAAGUCAGACUGUGAUGAGAUAGCCCUCCAAGGAAUUGAGUUUUGGUCUUCGAUAUGUGACGAAGAAAUGGACUUAGAAAUUGAAGCUGUUGAGGUGAGGAUUGUCUCAUGUAUAGAUUUCUCAAUUUCUUAAUUUCCAAGAUCUGAUUGUUAAUUCUGCCCUUAGCUACCACACAUUUUCUUGUAAAUUAGUUACAAGAAUUUAGUGUUACAUUGCGAUAACAGCUAUAACCUGAUAAUUUUAAGUACUCUCAUUACCUGUUUGCUCAAUAAUGUGUGGAUGUUACAGGAAGAAGUUACAUGUUAAUCACUUCUGGGAGUUUCAGGGUUAGAUGAAACUUAUUGCUAGAUUAGAAAAGGAAUGGUUUAAUCUCUUUUCCCCUCAGGUAAUUUUUUUUGGCAUUAAGCUCUACGUAUUUAAGGUGUAAAUUGUCUUUUUUAAAAGGCCAGAGAAAAUAACAAGGAACCAGAACAAACAAGCAAGCAUUAUGCCAAAGGAGCAUUGCAAUAUAUUGCACCUCUGUUGACGGAAUGCUUAACUAAGCAGGUCAGUGCAGUGUUAGAACAUUUUUGUAACAAGGUGUACUCAAAAGUAAUAAAUGUAGCUCUUACUCAGGUAAGGACAGAAAACCAUAUGCCUUGUCUCCUGCAUUGAUCCUCUCUGUACUGAUUAGCAGAGGACAUUAAAGAACCAGCAUACUUAUAGCAAAGAGUAGGAAACAUAGCUCCUGGUGUCGUGGUCUGGCCUUGACUCUGAAAUUGGGAGCAUCCACCUAAAUUUCCUUCAUAAAUUGCAAAACUGCUCAAUGCUGUCUGGUCAAAGUCCCCUGCAACGUGUUGUAAAGUGCCUUGAGCCAAUGGAUAUGGUGCCAUAGAAAUCCUUCAUUAGCAACCCUUUAAUUCCCAAGAUCAGAUUGUUAAUUCUCCCCUCUAGCCGCUACACACUUCCUUGUAAACAAGUUAUAAGAAUUUAAUGUUAGAUCAAGGUAACAGCCUAUACCAGCAGAUAAGUUUGAGUAUUCUCAUCACCUGUUUGCUGGAUUGUGUGUGGAUAUUGUAGUGAGAAGUUACAUUUUAAUCACCUCUGGAAGUUGAAAGGUUAUAAUAUUAUUUACUACAGCUCCAAGCUCAACCUUUUUGAAGUUGCAAUUUAGGGAGCUAAACAUGAUCACUAGAGGAAAAAUUUCAGUCCCCUGAAAAAGCAAACAAAAAGACAAACAAAUGAAAAGGGAAAGCUUGUUCAAUUUUACACGAUGUAUUAUUUCGCUUUAGAAACUCUAAAAGAGGAAAAUUUGGUGCAGGAUGAAAGACAGAUUAUGAUGGCAAUAAUUAUAGUUAAUGGAAGUUCACAGAAUAUCUCAAGGUCAACCAAGUAGAAAGGGGAAAAUUUUAAAAGGCACUAAGGGAACAUUAAAUAUAUUUACAUCUCUGACCUUUGGACCAUAGACAGAAAAAUAACAAAAACUUCUGAAAGUCAGCUCUGCCUCUCAGACUUGGAAUCAAUGCAGGAGGAAGGACUACGUUUAACAUGUACCAUUGCUUUUUCAGUCCUCCAGAGUACUUGUUAACGGUUGCCAAUUUCAGCUAUGCAGGUUGUCAAUUUUUGGCUGAAGGUGCUCGGUAAAGCACAUAAACUUAUCUUUUAAAACAUCUUGGUGUGGAAGAAUAAGCUCUCACUCUGUUCAAUGGUCAAAAUUAUACAAUCCAAUUAAAUAUCUGGAAUCAGUGUUAAUUAAGCUUUAAGGAAAUGUAUACUUUUAUAGGGAUAACACAUAUUUUUUCACGCUAUUUUUCUUUUUGUGAUAUGUGAACACUUUUAUUGAAAUCAGGAAGAAUUUGAUGAUGAUGAUGACUGGAACCCAAACAAAGCGGCAGGAGUGUGUCUGAUGUUGCUGGCACAGUGCUGUGAAGACAAUAUAAUUAAUCAUGUUUCUUCAUUUAUUGAAACAAAUAUUGUUAAUGAAGACUGGAAACUAAGAGAUGCAGCAGUUAUGGCAUUUGGUGAGUUCCAAAGUCUAAUUGUUUCUAUAAUAUGAAGGAAUGUGUGAGAGAAAAGUGCAGAACAACCCGCUGAUAGACAUCCUCCUUCUGAAUUGUUUUGAAUGUUUCAGUGAUAGCCCAUUUCAUGCCCAUCUUCACAUUGAAGUCAUCAAAUUGUGUUUUUAAUUUAUUUAUCAAUUUUUUUUCUAAUGGUGCAACAGAAGGAGGGUAUUUCCAACAGACAAACCUUUUGAUUUGUACAUCCUGAUUUUACUACUUUAUUGAAGCAAAAAAAGUGCACAAGAUUUUUAAUUAGCCAGGGGCAAGCUGAAUUUCAAUUUUUUAGCCCUAAGAUUUCUCUAAACUGAAAAUAUCUGAGACUAUUUGCUUGUUUUAGGUUCAAUUCUUGAAGGACCUGAUCCACAGGCUCUGCAGCCAUAUGCAGCAAAGGUAAAAUGGACAAUGUUAUGACAAUGUCAGUAAAUGCACCUUGCUCCCAGGGUUCAAGAAAUGCCAAAUGAUUAUAAUUAUUGCUGAUUUCUUUAAACCUGUAUAAUGGAGUAAGUAGGAAAAGGUGAGCUGCUCACAUUCCUGCAUCUACUAGGCAGGGUAGGAAGUUUUGAAAGGACACUUUUUCUGAGGGAACAAUUUAGUGGUGUUGUUAAUAAGUUUAGAUGGCAUCAGAAUGAAGGGUAGGAGAAACCAGCCAUUGAAAGGUAGCCAAUGGUGGCUUUGAUUAAAAGCAAAUCACUAAUAGGUCUACUGGCAAAGUUGUUUGUGUGAAAGAUCAAACAAGUUUGAGGGAAGGACAGCACCAGAAAGAGAAAAAAAAAACAAGUGAUAAGGAGCAGGCCAAGCUAGAAAGAUUGAUCAAUAUGUUGAUUGCUCAGUCAAACAACUGGAUUGCAAGUUGUCAAAGAUGUGUCCAAAGUAAACCUUAUUGAACCAAAAAUUGCUCAAAUAAUAAAUUGGGAAUUUGCUUCUUCAUACUCUAAGAAAACCAAAACAAGGUGCUAGUAUCUUGUAACCCCAAUUAAAAAGAAAUGUGGCUGCAAAGCAUUCAAGUAACCCAUCCUCAUGGUUAAAGGUUUUUCUAAUAAAUAAUUCUGUAAUGUGACCAAAUCCAAAUUGGCAUGGACCUCUCAUUCUGGUAUCAACCAGAAAGCCACAUUUAUUUAGGCUUAUGAUGGGAAAAUGAAAUUAGUGUGGGGCAAAUCAAGCAGACAAUUACACUCCCACCCCCAUAUCACUAACAUUAGUUAAGAUUGACAAUUUGCCAAAAAUAUAGAACUUUUUCAUUUCCAGUGCAUGAUAUAGGCUUUGGUGUGAUUAUGUGCCACCAAUCAUUACAUGAAACCCUGUUAAAUUCUUUAUUACAGGCAUUGCCAACACUAUUGCAUUUAAUGGGAGACCAGUCUGUUGUAGUGCGUGACUCUGUGGCUUGGACACUCGGCCGAAUAUGCGAAAUUUUACCACAAGUUGUCAUUGGGGGGAAACUCCUUCAACCUUUGGUUGAAAGUCUUUUAGAGUCUUUAAAGGCAGAGCCCAGAGUUGCUGCUAAUGUUUGCUGGGUGAGUUUUUUGAGUUGUCUUAUGAGUAAGAGUUGUUGACCUGUCUGUACUUCAUGCUACCAGUUAUCUGUCUUCUUUGCACCUUGUUGCACAAAGUGAUCAGCUAAAUUUUUCUCUUGCCAUUUGUUCAUCAUGUCAAAAUGAAAUUGUUUUUACCCUUCAUUUGUUUAUUAAAGGCCACAUCAUAAUUUUAAAAAAAAAGCAGUUUAAGACUGCAUGUGGCUACUGAUAUAACACAAUUUUAACAGCUUUGAAAAGAACUGGAGGUUGUAUAAUGAUGCUAGACAGUAGUAUCACAGAAGAUUUGUCUUAAAACAGAAAACCUACCCCAUCCUAGAUAUUUAUGAAUACCCUGUUCCACAAGAGAAAGAUGAAUCAAGAAUAUAGUGACUAAUUGGCACUCAACCAGUGAGUAAACGGUAACAAAUAAUCAUAUUAAAAGUUAUAGUGACAAUAAUAAUAAUAAUAAUAAUAAUAAUAAUAAUAAUGAUAAUUCAAUAAUUUAUAGGGGCUAGCCCAAGAACCUCAUUGUUUCUCUAUAGUUCUAUUCUCUAGGCUCCAAUAAUGAUUAAAAUAUGCUUCUUUUAAUUUUAACGAUAAAAAAUCGUGAUAAAACAUUUCACAAAAGCAUAUUGAAAAUAUGUUGACGACAUUUUGAUGUUUGGCUAACAUUAUCAAUUCAAAAAGUGGAAGAAAAAAUGUUUAAACACUAAAAAGACAAUAGGUAAUGGAAUGUUCUUUUAAACAAAGAGUUUUGUGUGAAUGGAAUCAGUCUGUGUGUUGAGACAAGGAUUGCGCUGGUUGAUGAAAAGCAUCUCAUAGACAAGACAGUCAAAUUUUCUGUGGCACUAUUUUAGAAUGUGGAAUUGGCUUUCUUUGAGGAGGCUUGUAUCCCCAUGGACUGUCGAAAAAUGUACCGAUCGCAGAGUUUUCAUGUUCAACAAUGCGUUGAUGGAGGUGUUGAGCUGUAAAGCUGACAUAAUCUGAAUUGCACAGAUCACAUGUGAAAGAGUAAACAACGCAUUGUUGAUUUAUGAUUGGAGGCUUGAUUUCUCUGGGCUUGAGGGCCAAAAUUGGGUCAAGGUGAUAAUUCUAUUGUUACUAUCACUCGCUCACUCAUUUCAACAACAUAUGUGGCUUCACCUCUUAUAGGAGGCAGUAGCCACUAAAAUUCCAUUUAAGUAACAAGUUGUUAAUGUCAUGCUUAUUUUCUCUCAAACUGGUUUGAUGCUGGUUGAAAGUAAUGAUGAACCAAACCAACCAAAAUAUGUUUUCUUCAUAGGAAACAGAAAUACCCAACAAAUCAAAAACUGUUGAUCAUGACAGAGCACAGCGUAACUGUCUUUGUUUUGUUGUUUGUUUUUAUAGGCAUUUAACUCCUUGGGGGAAGCAGCAUAUGAAGCUGCACCAGUCCCUGAAGAGGAGGAGGAACCACAGACUUAUGCACUGUCACCCUGGUUUAGAAAAAUAGUGGAAAAACUUCUUGAAGUCACAGACAGGUAUUGACAGUAGGUGAAAAUAGGCAGUGUCCCUCUGACACAAAUUUAUUGCCCCCCUCCCCCUUUUCAACCAUGUGAGGGUGGAUGACACCCCCUUAGAUAUUUGUUACACUUUAAAAUUUUCAAGUCAUGUUACCUUUACCACCUACUGAACAAACUUUUGGGAGCCUUAGAGGACAUGAACUGUGUUGUGGAUAGUUGGAUUUGCUGGGUGUUGUAUGUCAUGCAAAAUUUUGAAUUCUACAAAAUGUUAGAAUUUCUCAAACAAAGUUCAAAAAUAUCUUAAUGCUACCAGAAUUAACAGGUUGCUGUAGCAUACCUCAACAUAGUUUUAUUUUAGAAAUUGUAAUGCUUCAGUGCCUUAUUUAUUGUUAUGUCAGUAGCAAUCUUCUUUUCCAAAAAUAUGAAAGGGAUGAUUACUUCUGAAUAUAGGAGCUCCUUGUACAAGGAAGAUCAUAAUUUAAUGGAGUCUUAAAGAUUAAUUUUGAGGAAUGUCUUUGCUUCAGAAGCUGCACAAGUGUGCUAACAUUUUCAUGUUGUGAGAACAAUAACAUUUCCCACUUAGUGUCCACUUGUUUUUUGAAUUUUAACUGAAACAAACUACACAUACAAAUUUGUCAUCUUUCAGAGGAGAUGCUAAUAAUGGAAACUUAAGAAGUUCUGCUUAUGAAGCCGUGAUGGAGUUAAUAAAAAAUAGUGCAAAGGUAAGAGAUUUAAGAGAAUUUAUGGCAAGGGGAUAACCUUCCAAAAUGGAAUUCUUAUACAAUUACUACCUUGUUUGAAUUGAAAGUGGAUGAUUGGGGUUGACAGGGGUUUCCUCACCAGAAUACCUCUUAACUUUGUUGUAUCCUUAAUUAACAAAAUUUAACUACCCUCGUGCUGAAGUGGUGGGUGAAUACCUGGUUUAAACAGGGCUUACAUUCUCUUCAGCAAGGCAUCAGAAAGAAUACUGCACCCAUAGCUGGAAAAUCCCCUCAACCUAGCCAUGAGCCCCAAUGAGAGAUUGUCAGAGCUGAACAUAGGUUCACAUUUGAUGGAAGAGCUCAUGGCCCCAGAUUUCCAAUGUUCCCAAGACAUUAUAUAUUACAAGAAGAAUGCAGAAGGGGUUAAACAAGAACACAGUGCAUGCUGUAAAAUAACUGUCAUAAAUAUGAUGAACAACUACAUUUAAAAACCCCUAUAAAACGGCCCAAGAAUACCUGAAGACAACUACCAAAAUGUUCAGUCAUACUAUUAGAGAACAGUGACAACAAUUCUUAGAAGUACUUGAGGACAAUCACUUAAAAACUUUUAGUUACCAGUAUGGUUAAAAAUGUAUACAACAAAAUGUUCAAAACAGUAGAAGGCAGUGGCUCAAAGCAACAAAGGAAUGCACAAGGACAACUGUAACAAAACCAGUCAAGAAAAGCUUAGAAACAGUCACAGAAAUUCCUUCAGAGGAGCUAUGAGACAAAUUGAUAUAAAAUCUCAAACAUAUUUACAGAAUUGAGUGCUAUAAAUUGUUCAGCAAGAGUAUUGCUAUGUUAUAGAAACAGUUUUUGCUAUCUGGCCUCUCAAUGGCUAGAUUGCAGUGGCUUUUGCUUGGUUAUAGCGUGGUCAGGCAGUGAUGAAAGAAAGUGAAUUAGCUUAAACUGAAAACCAGAAUGUACCAAUUUGUGAGAAACAUUUUGUCAUGAGUCUCAAGACAAGAACCAGACAUAGCUCCUCUGAUCUUAGUGAGUUUGUUUUACGACAGGGAAGUGUGUCUUGUAGAAAUGCAUCAUGUUUUUAAUAUGUACUUGUAUAUGAUCUUGCAGGAUUGUUAUGAAGUGGUUCAAGGAACUACAGUGGUGAUUCUGGAAAGACUAAACCGAUUGUUAGAGAUGGAGGUGAGUCUACAAAUAUUUGGUCUUAGUAUAACUUAAGAUAUCCUAAGUAGUUUCUUGAUCUUUUCAUUUUACCUUAGACUUUAUCUUGCUCCAAGUAACCUUUUCUCACAAAUCACAAAGCAUUUAAAUUUUAAAAACUGUAAAAUAUUACUGGUAUUAAUUGUGUACCUAACUAGCAUGGUCAUCAUUCUUUGUAGAAAAAUGUUGCAGACAGAGCCCAGUACCAUGACUUGCAGUCUCUGUUAUGUGCAACACUACAGGUAAACAGUUGUCCUUUGAUGCCCUUACUUCUUAUGUUGCCUCUUUUCAGUCUAGCAUUAUUGUAUUUGCUUGAAUAAUUGCCCACGCUCAAAUAAACACCCUCUCUAAUUGAGCACCCACCCCUUUGGCCAAAAUAUCAAACAAGUGCCCCUCUUCCCUUCUCCCUCACUCUCUUAAAUAAGAGGGUUACAGGGAAAACCUGUUUGUAUUGCCACUUUAUUUAUAACUUUUUAAGUUUCAACUGUAGCUGAGGAGAAGAGUUUCUUUUGUCACUUCCAGUUAUUUUGAGGCAUGGUUAUUCCUGUCUUCAUGUGCUUGCAGAGCUCCUUUAUAUGUGUUAUCUUAAUUUUUGUCAUGUUGCUGCACAAACCUACUUAGUGCUUCACUCAGUUAAGUGCCCUUCUUCCAACAACCGGUAACCAGUCAACUCGCCGACGGACCAACUCGCCGACGCCAACUCGCCGACGUCAACUCGCCGACGUAUAAAAUCGAGUAGAGACAUCGGCGAGUUGGUCGUCAAUCCAAUACAACUUAUUAGAAGUUAAACAUACAGAAAAGUAAACGAUAUUUAGUAAAAUGGGUACUUAUUUGAGCAAGUACAGCAUUUAACAUGACAUUCUACUCAAAUGAUGUGAGAAGAUUCAAGAUUAAAAGACUGGCUGUGCAAGGGGGCAAGAUGAAGCAAAUCCUUUGUUCCCAAGGGGGAAGUUGGGUUCAUUUUUUUAGCAGGCCAGAUGGGUUUAUCUUGCCUAUCAAAAAUUGCUUUUAAUGGGUGAUAGCAACUUUAUGGAAACCUUAUCUGUUUCAACAAAAAUGAUUCCCAAACAUUGAGAGUGAAUGUGUUACAUCGGUCAAAAGAGAGAAAACAGUGACGAGCUCCUCAAAUUCGAUUCUGAAAUUUUUGGAGGUGUCAUGUUUUUCCUUAUGGUAAAUAUUAAUUGGCUGAGGUAGCUUGGCCAAGAUGAACAGAUGUUGGCUGCAUUCUUUUUUUGUGUAUGUUUGAUGGACCGUAACUCUUUGUUGGUCCAAGUAGGUUGUUGAGUAAGUUGAUGAAUAAAGAAGAAAAAAGAAAAGAUAAAAGAAAAAAAGUACUCAGUAAUCAUGAUGGAAUAAGUUUGAUCAAGAACGCAUAUUACUAGGGAUCAUUGUGCUGAAGCUGAAUUACAUAAAUACCAGAUAAAAGGAACUACACAUUGGGAAACUUCCAGGUGAUAUUUGGCCAACUAAGCACCCCCAUCAAAUUCUUAUUAUUUUUAACAAUUCCUCAAUGUGAUUAUUUCCCUUACAGAGUGUGUUGAGGAAGGUGAAUCCACAAGAUGCACUGCAAAUUGCCCCCCUGAUGAUGCAAGCACUGCUUCAGAUGCUCAACCCUAGCUCAGGAGCGAAGAUUGUGGGUGGGGUGCAGGAAGAUGCUCUGAUGGCCAUUGGUACUCUAGUGGAAAGUAUGUCAAUGAAUGAAAAAAAUGAAUAAUAAAUAUUGAUAAUUGAAUUGAGAGGAGUGCAAAUUUAAUUGGAAUAAUGCGUUGAGUGAGCCCGCAGCACAAGUUUGAUUUGAAAUCACAAGUGUGAUUUCAGAUCAAAAAUUGCACAACAAAAAGUUUAAUUUCCACUUAUUUACAUCCAUUUUGAAAUUGCGAAAUUCAGUCCCACAAAUACAGGUAUUUUUAGUCGGUAUAAAUAUUUUAUUGAUCCAGCACUAAGCUGGUCUGUAAAAAGCUGCAAAGGUGGUUUAUCAUUUUCCUGUAAUUUGAAUGAUUUUUUUUUUAAUUAUUGAAAUAUGAUUGGUUGUUGCAUUAAGUAAAGUUGUCUCACUGGCUGGGAAAAAAGAUGCAAUUUAGAAAAUAAAAGGGUGUGAUUUGGGAAUAAAUCACACUGAUGAGGGCCAAUCAGAUUGCAGAGAUCACCAAUGAUUUCAAAAUGUGUAAUAGAACUCGUAAUACAAUUACUAAUUUGAACCUGGGAGUAGCAUUCGCACGUGUUGUGUAGUAGUCUAAUCGUUCAUAACAAAUAUUCUGUCCUUUUGUAGUUCUGGGGAAGAAUUUUCACCCUUACAUGGAAUCUUUCGAGCCCUAUUUAAUAGAAGCACUGAGAGAGCGAGUUGAAUACCAGGUGAGUUGUUCUUGUUUGGAUUUGAGAGAACCUUCAAUGCUAUUUGAUGCUGAGGAUGUUUACAGUUGAGACAGACAGUCAGACAAGUUAGUGAAACUUAGGCAGUGCAAGUAUCAUUUUGAAAGAAGUUGUUUAUGGUAGAAAUUUUUUUUCCUUUUUUCCUUAUUUUUUUUUUAACUGCAGUCACUAUUUGUAUCAUUGUGAUUGUAUCGAAGAAGGGGAAAAGAGAAAUAAAAAAGAUAAGAGAGAGAAGGAAACGAGCGAGUUAAAAAAAGAUAAGAGAAGGGAACGAAAGAAAGGAAAUGAAAGCAGUGGGAAGGUGGUGGAAAAGGUUUUAAAUCUCAAUAAGUAAUGCCAGUGUGGUAAGUAAUGACAACAAAAAAACAAAAGUAGCAAAGCCUCUGGCAAAACAACCGUCAACAGAUCAUCAUCAUCAGUAUGUUUGGUACGGAAGAGAGGAAAGUGCAUUUGGCGUUGAUUCAUCGUUUCUUGACCUUUUUUAACUGAACCACCUUUUUCACGUGACAGUUAAUUUGCCCAUUGGGCCUGAAACUAAAAAGGACAUCUUCAGACUCUAUUUAGUGACAAUCUUUUUGUUCAGCGUUGCGUAGACCAACAUUUUCUCUCUGUUUCAUGUUUUCCGUCUUUCUAUAACAGGUUUGUGUUGCCGCUGUCGGAUUAGUUGGAGACAUUGCUAGAGCACUAGGAGACAAAAUAAUGAAUGUCAGUGACCUUUUCAUGCAGAUUUUAAUGGAAAACCUGGCGGUGAGUACUUUCUUUCUAUCGUUAUGACCCUUGCCCCAAGCGCGAUCGGUUUUUCUGGUUGUUGUCCCUUGCAUAUCUUAAGUUUUUGAUACUAGCGUUCUUUUCUUUUUAUGCUGUUAUCCAGAAACCAAACGUAUGAGCAAAUGUGGCCAGUUGUUAGGUCAAUGAGUUCUCAAAGACGACAUCAACAAAUUUGGAUUGGGUAGGGGUAGGGGGAGGGGAUGACCAGAACGUUAAUUAUGUAUACUUGUUUUAAAUUUGUACUAUGUGCGAUAUCGCCUCUUCGCGGUGCUCUUUCCGAUCCUCACUGCAGUUACAGCGCACACACAUGCGUGGACGUUCGACUGCUUUUUUUUUUCCUUACCAGUUUCGUUUUGAAUUUUAACAGGACGCAAAUGUCCAUCGCAGCGUCAAACCUCAUAUUCUCUCAGUUUUUGGUGAUGUUGCUUUAGCCAUUGGGCCCAGUUUCGCUCCUUACUUUGAUGUUGUCAUAGCAACUCUGAAUCAAGCUUCAGUUACGAUUGUGGACAAAGUAAGUUAUUAAAAUUUGGAUGGAUGAAAAAAAUAUUUAUUUCUAUGCAUAAAAACGUUCUGAAAGUACUAAAAUGAGCAGUGAAGGCAAGAGUGAAAAAGGAAACGACACUAGUGUCCUCAACAUUCUCGUGACAGCCAAUAUGCCCCCUGGACGAUCGUUUAAGGGUUCAUGUUCAGGGCUCAGGAGCCAGUGUGGAGGAACUUUAUUCGAUCAAGGUCAAAUUUUUCGAGAGCUGGGAUGAAAGGUUUUAAAGAGGGGGGGGGGGGCGGGGGCGGGGAGUGCUUGGCUACACUUCCUGAAUAAGAUUGAAGUUUCUGGGAGGUUGUCCUUUCCCAGCUUCAUAUCCAGGUUUUCAUGUUGAUUUGCCAUAUUGGACAACCUCUCUUACAUGAUAAUCAGCCAGAUCUUUCGGUCUGAAUUUCAGGCGGAUUAUGACAUGGUGGACUACUUAAAUGAGCUCAGGGAAGGAUGUUUAGAAGCUUAUACUGGGAUUAUACAAGGACUGAAAGGCUCUACAGACGGACCCAGUCCAACACCUGGUCGUAAGUAUAGAGAAGCUACUCAACAUCCCUCUUUAAUGAAUUUCUUACUAUUCAGGGUUUCUUCGAGAGCGCGGCUUUGCCAAAUUUCCGUAAUUGGAUAGGAUUGCCGCCUAAGACUUACGAUUUACCAUGAAUUGGGUGCAAAAAAAUGUGCCCAAGGAUAAGUGCAACGUAUUUUAAAGUUGCGUUUGUUUUAUUACAUAAAGUACACGUAAACAUAAUUGACAACAAGAUUGGUAUACGAGAGCUGCUAUGUAGCUUCUCUCCUUUUCCUUUCUCUUCUUCGUUUUCUUACUGACUAUACUCUACAUGUGAGAUGAAACCUUUUUAUAGUAUAUCCUACAGUGGGUCCUCUCUUUUGAAAUAGGGCUCCCUAAAAUUGUAGGAGGGGGGCACCCUAAGCCCUUUUUUUUUUUUUUUUUUUUUUUUUUUUUUUUUUUUAACCUUCUAAUAUGGAACUCUAAGUGGUGUCCAAUGAAGCAAUUAUGCUAAUACCCUUCAUGUUUGCUGUUAACUGUGAUUAGAGUCAUCUUGAUUCCGUCACUCUAAUUGUGGUUGUUAUUUCAAAUUAGCUCUGGAUCUCGUUCAGCCUCACCUUCCGCAUAUCGUCAGCUUCAUUGAAGUCAUAGCAACAGACGUGGAUCACACGGAGAGCAAUGUGUCCAGUGCUUGUGGUCUCGUCGGGUAAGCUGUGUGUGUCUUCCGUUCAGGCGAUCCGAGUAAUCUUGCUUUGAAUCACUAAUCCAGAUCUUUGUCAUCUCGGAGGAACGCCUUUACUCCUUAUGAGUGACUUGCUUCUAAUUUCUACUUUCAGUAUCACCCUUCAAUUAAACAUAAAGCCGGUCAUGAAAAUAAAGGAAAUGAUCCUCAAUUUAAGAAGCUCCUGAUUGUCAAGCAAAUUCUCCUUGUCAGAACCAUAGGAAAUGUAAAGAGGACAAUGUGAAGGAUGUGAAUACUAAUGAUAGGGUGUAAGGGAUUAAAUUUCAAGUUCGUCAUUUGCAAUCCGUGUUAUUCAUCUCUGUCCUCGACCAUCCUUCCCCCUUUUUGGUUUAUUAUUUCUCCUUUAGAGUCUAUCUGCUUCAAUAAGUUAUUUAAAUGCUUCAUUCCUGUUAAUGGCGACCCAUUAACAACGCUUAACUGCGUUGCUCCUGUAAUCACUGAGUGCUCCAACACAUUCGAAGUCAGCGUGACGUACUGGUCAAAUGCGAUGGAUAUUCUACUAACAAGUAGUCUGUCAUAGGCUAGACUGCCAGAACUUGGCCUACUGGUAUCUAGUUUAUACUUCUUCGGGUCUUAGUGGAGAAGAGGCACUGAAAUCGAAGUGUCCUCCCCCAUGAUUCAGUCGCGUUCGAAGUGGACCUUUCAUUCGGGACUCCAGUGUACCAACCAUUCGGCCGCUGCGCAUCGAUUUAAAGCCUUCAUAUCACUGAAAAGUUUGUUCAUAGAAAUAAAUCAUGCCGGCUCGCUAUGCAGUUUACUCAUUUCAAUGAUAUUGUUUUCGUAGAGAUAUUUGCUCAGCAUUCGGGGCCCAAGUUCAUAUCCUUCUUGAGAAGCAAGCCAUCAACGAGCUUCUUCAAGAAGGACGACGAUCAAAGACACACAAAAGCAAACAAGUCGCUUCGUGGGCAACUAAGGAACUGCGUAAGCUCAAACAACAGCAGGUCAGUUGCUUGUAA